AUGACUGUUAUACAAAAUCAGCAACAAAAUAAUUAUAAAUCUGAUGGUACAAGUUAUCCACAAAUGUUACAAAUACCUAAAUCAAAUUUUGAAAUUCCAAUUGUGUUAUGGGGAUCAAAACCUAUAAAAAAUAAAAUUUGUCAGAUUUCUUCUCUUCCAGAUAAUAAAACAAUUUUGACAGGUUCUGUUGAUGGGCAAAUUGUAAUAUGGCGGACGGAUCCUGAUAAUAGUUCUAUAUUACAAGCACGAAUGAUGCUUUUUGGACAUAAUUCAGAAAUAACUACAUUAUCACCUGCAUCAUUAAAUAAAGAAUCUAAACGUUUUGUAUCUACAAAUGUUUCUGGAGAGAUGUGUUUAUGGGAUUCUGAAGAAGGACGUUGUAUAGAUAGUAUACAAAGCUCAAUAUAUAUUCAUCGUAAAAUAAUACCGCAUGAUAUGCAACAUCAAAAAUCAACAAGAUUAUUUUGUUGUGGAGAUUAUCCAGAAAUUAUUGUCAUGGAACCUAAUGAUUUAACUAUUCUUUUUACAUUAACAUCACGGGUAGAACCCGAUUGGAUUACAGCUUUGGCUGUUGUACGACCAUUUGAAAAAAAUGAUGUAGUAAUUGGAUUAUCAAUGUCAGGAAUGGUUAAAUUAUGGAGUUUAGUAGAUGUGGAAAAAAGAGAAGCAACAAAUAAUUUAAAUGAAGAUGAGUCACAAGUUUUAUCUUUAAAAAGUAUACAUUCUAUAUCAUGUAGUGAAUUAAAUAAAAGAAUAAUGCUAAUAAUUUCUUCAAAUUGUUGGCAAAUUGUUGAUUUGACUGAUUUAAAACCUCUUACUGUUUCUGAAUGUAAAGUAGAUGCAGUAAAUGGAACAAUAAUAGAUACAGAUAAAGUUGCAAUUGGUUUUGCAGAUUCGAAUGUUGUAUUAUUUCAAUUACCAAGAAGUUUUCCAACUUAUUACAAUAUUUCAUUUCUAUAUAGUUUGUUGUAA